UUGAUAUGAAUACUAGCACUUUUGUGUAAAUAAUGCAGCAUUUUUUUCCUCAUAUAUGGAGCUGGAGUUUGAUGAUAUGUUGUAUUAUAUUAGCUUGUUUUAUGCUCUGGUUUUCUUAGUGUACUUUGUUUGCUUUUGUCGGUACUUCUACCAAGGCUGGCAAACGCAAAAUGGUUAUAUUGGAGAAAAAGGAAUUGGGUUCAAAAGCGUGUUUCUACUGACAGCUCAUCCCUAUAUCUUUAGUAAUGGCUAUCAAAUUCGUUUCAGUGAAGCACCAUGUCCUCAAUGUGAUGUAGCCUACAUAGUACCUGAGUGGGUUGAAUAUCCCUCAGUGGCUGAUAUCCAGCAAGUGUAUGGCAGUAAUAGAGCCCUUCCGACUACUACACUGAUACUGCCUUUGAAGGGUGAUAAAGUGAAAGCUGUGAAGGAGCAGCUUUCAAGUCUCCAUCCUGAGUUACUCUUGUUUCUCUCAAAAAUCAAGCGUCUUUCAGUGAAAGAGCACAGUGAAGAUCCAAAACUUAACACCAUACGAGCUGUUUCCAUUUCUACUGAAAGGGAUUUUAAGUCAAAGAAGGAUAUUGAUGCUGAGUCAUAUACAGUUCAUUUGAUGGCAGAAGAGGAAGGUAGUCCUAGCAGCGAAGGUGAAUGUGGCUACUAUAUGUGGAGGCAGGAGUUUCGUGUCAAGGAUGAAAACAAGGUUGAAAAGAGGAAGGAACUCGAGGAGUGGUCUAUUACAUUAGCCUUUCCAUUUGGCAAGCGUCUAAAUAGAGGAAUGAUAUCUCCUGGAAUCUAUGCAUAUCUUCCGACUGAGACAGUUACAAAUUUGCCUUUCAUAAUUCAGGCAGAUUUCCUUCUUCCAUCAUCUCGUGAGACUAUUUUGUGGGAUGACAUAUGGAACCAAGGGAUUCUAGACUGCAUUCCUUCUGCUUUUGUCAAUGCAUUUGUUGCUCUUGUCAAGACGAGGGAAGAUGCGCCUACCUCUUCUCUGGCAUCCAUGUUUGCUUUCUUGCCAGUUAAAGAAGCGUGUCACCCAAAGUUAGAUGCAGUCAGGAAUUCAAUCAAAGAGAGACUGCUUCUGGAAAAUAUUAUUCCAUCUGAGUCGCAUUCUGACCAGAAGAUUUUCCAUAAACCUCAAGAAGUUGCCCGGUUGAACCAAUCUUUCUGGCAGAUAUUGUUGAAGGCAAAGCAGAAAGGGAUGAAAUUGCACUAUCUAUCAUCUCUAGGAAAGCAAUAUUGCAUUCUUCUUUUGAUGAAGACAGGUACAACGAUGCGCUUAGCUUCCUUGGUGUGA